AUAUUCAUUCCAAUGCUCCAAGAACCCGUCCUGAAUCAAGUACAGAAUGUCAAAGAUUUAGAGCUCAAUUAAGAAAUCUUGGUUUUGUUAAUCCAAUAAAAACAACAUCUAUGUAUGAAAGCCUAGAUGGUGAAAAUGAAUUGAGUGAGCAACUAAAAAAUUUUAGCGAUUUAGCAAAAAAGGCUAGAGAAAAUUAUAUUGUGGAGGUAUUCUGCAAUAAAAAUACAACUCAUUUAUCUAAGCCUAUUCCAAUAACCAAAGAAGAAGCAAUUGCUCAGGAGGAUGAAUUAAAAAUGACAAAACAAGAACUUAUCAUCAAGUUAGAAUCUCUCCUUGAACUAAUGGGUGAAAACUGUCAACAAAGAUAUCGUGGAUUUAGAUCAAAAAACAAAGGUGAUUUGUUAAUUAUAUUACAAGAG